UCUGCUUUGGCAAUCCCGUGGACACUUCAUGGUUUUGAUCUUCCUCACAUGACACAAGCCUAGUGGGAAAAGGUCUUGUGCCAAUUAGUAAGGCAUUCCCUUUUGAACCAAGCUUGGGACACUCACGUAAUUAAGCGAUGUGGGAGUGGGUGAGGCGUAACGAAGGUAAAGCAUACCAAGACUUUUGUUUUUCUUGAUCCUAUUCUACAGUGCAUUUUAUUUUUACUGCUUUUGGAAGAGGACGUACAUGAGCAUAAAAGGAUAAUAAAUCCUGGAAGAAUUUGUUAGUCGCAUCUGCUGUGCUUGUUACAUUUACAGUUUUCACCAUCAAAGAAUGUGAAACUCAAUGGAAGGCUUUAAAAUUAUCUUUUUGUUCUCUCUUUUAUUAUCACUUUUAGGAGUUCCCACGGCACUAGAUACUAUAACUCCAACACUUUCAAUUAGAGAUGGUGAAAGUGAAACUAUAGUAUCAGCUGGUGGAAGCUAUGAGCUGGGGAUUUUCAGCCCCGGAAAUUCGAAGAGCCGGUAUUUGGGAAUAUGGUAUAAGAAAAUUUCUACUACUACAAGGACAAUUGUAUGGGUUGCCAAUAGAGAAGUUCCCCUAACAGAUACUUCAGGAGUUCUAACCAUUACCCACCCACGAAUUUUAGCCCUCAUAAAUGGCACAAGUGGUAUUGUUUGGUCAUCCAAUACAACAAGAACCACGAAGAGUCCGGUUGGACAGCUUUUGGAAUCAGGAAAUCUUGUUGUGAAAGAUGGCAAUAAUGAGAACCCGGAUAGCUUCGUGUGGCAGAGUUUUGAUUAUCCAUGUGACACCUUUCUACCAGGCAUGAAAUUUGGAAGAAAUCUAAUAACUGGUCUUGAUAGGUUUUUAUCUUCUUGGAAAAGCAUAUACGAUCCUGCUCCAGGUGAGUUUACAGUACGCUUAGAUCUACAUGGAUUUCCGCAGGGAUUUAUCAUAAAGGGACAGACAAUCACUAACAGAAUUGGGCCAUGGGAUGGUGCCGGUUUUUCAGGGAUUCCUUCUGGUCGAACCAAUCCAGCAAAAGGAUAUGAAUUCGUGAUGAAUGAUAAUGAAGUAUAUUACAAAUUUUCGAAUCCAUAUGGUUCGACUUUUGCAAGAGCUGUUCUAAAUCCAUCAGGCGUUAUGCAGGCUUAUCUAUGGAAUGAUCCAAAUGGUUGGCAGUUUUAUCUUACGAUGCCAAUAGAUCAAUGUGACUCUUAUAACUUAUGUGGUGCAUAUGCUAGCUGCAAUAUCAAGCGCACUCCGACUUGCGAAUGCUUGGAAGGAUUCAUACCCAAAUCUCCAAAUAAUUGGAAUAAGCUAGAUAGGAUUGAAGGCUGUAUUAGAAGAAUUCCAUUGGCUUACAAUAAUACUGAUGGGUUUAGGAAGUACACUGGGUUGAACCUUCCGGACACAUUCUCCUCCUGGUAUAAUAAGACCAUGAGCCUCGAGGACUGUGAGGAACUCUGUUUGAAAAACUUCUCUUGUGUGGCAUAUACAAAUUCAAAUUCUAGCGGAGGUGGAAGUGGCUGCUUGUUAUGGUUUGGUAGCCUAAUUGAUAUGAGAAUAAUCACAGACAGCUUGCAAGACCUUUAUAUACGGGUAGCGGCUUCAGAACUUGAUCAAAUUAAGAAGCAAAUGCACUCUAGUGAAAAGAAAAAAGCUGUAAUCAUAGCCAGCUCUGUCAUAUCAGUCACAGGAAUAGUAAUACUAGCACUCAUCAUGUGUAUACUGAAGAAGAAAGUUCAGAAACGAGGAUCUAGAAAUAGAGGUUGCAGAAUGGAUAACAUCAACGAGGAUGGGGAGGAGGAUCUGGAAUUGCCAGUAUUUGACUUAAAUUUAAUAGUUAAUGCUACUCAUAACUUUUCAAAUGACAAGAAGCUGGGAGAAGGUGGUUUUGGACCUGUUUACAGGGGUGCAUUAAUGGAUGGGCAAGAAAUAGCAGUGAAGAGGCUUUCAAAGAAUUCAAGGCAGGGAGUCGUGGAGUUCAAGAAUGAAGUUCAAUUAAUAGCCAAACUUCAACACCGGAAUCUUGUAAAACUCCUUGGUUUUUGUAUUCAAGGAGAUGAAAAAAUGUUAAUUUAUGAAUUCAUGCCCAACAAAAGCUUAGACUUCUUUAUUUUUGAUAAAACACGAAGCAAAUUGCUAACUUGGCAUAUGCGCAUGAAUAUUGUUGGUGGAAUUGCUCGAGGGCUGCUUUAUCUUCAUCAAGACUCUAGACUACGGAUAAUCCAUAGAGAUAUUAAAACCAGCAACAUUUUGUUAGACAAGGAUAUGAACCCAAAAAUUUCUGACUUUGGCAUGGCCAGAACAUUUUGGGGAGAUCAAAUUGAGGAAAAUACUGAAAGAAUUGUUGGGACAUAUGGUUAUAUAUCUCCGGAAUAUGCAGUUGACGGGCUCUUCUCAAUAAAAUCUGAUGUCUUUAGUUUUGGUGUCAUAGUAUUAGAGAUAGUAAGUGGAAGGAAAAACAGGGGAUUUUAUCACGCAGACCACACCCAUAACCUUCUUGGACAUGCAUGGAGACUAUGGAUUGAAGAGAGACCUCUAGAGCUAUUGGAUGAAGUGCUAAAUGACUCCUUCACUUUGUCAGAGGCAUUACGAUGCAUUCACGUGGGUCUAUUAUGUGUGCAACAACAACCCAGUGAUAGGCCAGACAUGUCAUCCGUGGUCCUAAUGCUAGGGAGUGAGAGUUUAUUGCCUUCACCAAAGCAGCCAGGUUUUUAUACAGAAAGGAGUCUGCCUGAAGCAGAUUCUUGUUCUGCAAACGAAGUGAACUUUUCAUCAUUGGCGGCACGGUAGAUUAGUCACUACAAAAAAAAGGAGAGGGUUUUCUUUUAAGUAAAGUGACAAGAUAAAGAAUUAUGCAGGUAAGUUAAUCGUAAAGUUGUCACCUCUUUGCCCUGCCUACUAGUUCCCCACUGUAAGUUUGAUAUGAGAUUAAAUGAAUGAAUAAGCAUCUAUUGCACCCUCUACAUUAUUUAUAUUACAAGGCAGAUCAGUAUUCUAGUAAUAAUGAAUGGAGAAAUGGAGGACUUAUAUUUUGAUUCUAUUUAUGUACGGUUGUGGUUGGAUUAGGACUGUUAAGGUGAUGAACAGGUGUAUGCUGCUUGAUGACUUAUUUGUGCUAAAUCCAAAAUGAGUGG